GAGCGAAGAGGCAGUUGUGUUUUUUUUCCCUUUCAAACGACACGAAACGAUUCUCCUCUCUCCGCGAACCGAGGUUUUUGAGAGGCUAAACCGAGCUGUGACCGAGGAGAGAGAGAGAGAGGGGGGGAGGGGGCGAAUCCGCGCGCCAUGUCGGACAACCGCCAGCUGGAGGGGACGGGCGACGAGAAACAGGACACGCAAGAGAAAGGGGCGAUGAGCCCGGAGAAGGCGGAGGAAGUGAAGCUAAAGGCCAAGUACCCGGUGUUGGGGCUAAGACCAGGAGGCUCCGAGUUCCUGAUGAAGCGGCUGCAGAAAGGGAAGUACUUUGACUCCGGGGACUACAACAUGGCCAAGGCAAAGAUGAAGAACAAGCAGCCCCCCAGCAACGGGGCGGACAAGAACCUGGUGACUGGAGACCACAUACCCACCCCAGAGGACCUGCCUCAGAGGAAGUCCUCGCUGGUGGCCAGCAAACUUGCCGGGUGACCCCCCUCCCCACCGCCCCCCAUGGUGCUGCACCGCCGUCUCAGACCGAGGUGGACCCUGACCGAUACAUCCGCUGAGGGGGGGGGGGGGGGGGGGAUGAGGGGGUGCGCAGACGAGAUUCCCUUCUGAGUGCCGCCGAUUAAUUUUUUUUUAAACGCCACCCUGCUCCCUCCCUCUACCCCCCCCCCCCCCCCCCCAUUGGCGAAGCAGCGGAAAUAAAACGGCUUUAUCCCCCACCUUUCUCUUCCCCCCCCC